UGAAACACACACACACACACACACACACACAAGCCGGAGCCGAAGAGGGGGAAUAGCGUUUUGUUUCUUUUUUCUUUAAUUUGUGUCCUUUUAUUCUUUGGCGUUUUGUUGUUGUUUAGCUGUACUCCCGUACCGGAGUCGACUCCUCCGACUCCUCGGCGCUUGUUGUUACCUCUCCUGGACGUCCAUGCCGCCGCUCUCCCCUCACGCGGCGCUAUUUUGACAGUCGGGGUCUCGGUGAAAGCAGCUCGAGCUAGCAGCACCAUUAUAUUAGCACUGACACAACUUGAGGGAUUCUCCACGCGGACCCCGCGACACACGGCCAUCGAAAUCGCACAGCGUCGUCAUGGUUGGAACAUUGCAGUCACCCAGUGCCUUGUGUAACGGGCUCCUGACUGGAGGACAGACCAUGCUGCUGCACUGAGCCGGAGGGAGAGAAACGAGAGAGGCCCCAGUGACCGCUGAGGUAGUGUGCCCCUCCCCCUGUCUGGCAGGGUAGCUGCUACCUCUUCAGUUCACCUGAUUGCUCCCCACCCCAAAGGCUAAGGCUUGCUAUGGACUGCGCUUCGCCCCCUGCUGCAGCCCGACCCAGUACACUACCUUAGUGGGUUCCCCAUAUCUUCCUGUGUGUGGUUCCCAUCCAGACUCACAGUACAGAGUCCAGCACAGAUCUGGUACCACCUACAGCCACUCCUGGGUUCUCCACCCAACCCCCUCCCCAACUCCCACCCUCUCCCCCUCCCCUAAGAAGAUGUCAGUGAGCCUGACAACAGACAUCCAGCAGGAGGGAGAGAGUGGGCCACUCAUCGAGCCCUGCAGUCGGGGCAAGACCUCCCCUCAACCACUGGGCACCAAGGACGGGACAGGAGAGGGCCUGGAGCCUGAGGAUAGCGCCUCACAGGAUGCACAGAAACGGGCUCCUAAUCACAGCCAUGGCAGGAAAAGGGCCAAGUCUAAUGCCAAACUGAAGCUGGUACGGAGUCUGGCAGUGUGUGAGGAGUCCUCUGGUCCGUUCUCCAAUGAUGGACCUCCAGAAUCGCAAUGGAAUGUCGUUUUCCAGGAUAUCAUCCAGCUUCACAUCAGCUGCCCAUCUGACAAGGAGGAGGAGAAGUCCUCAAAGGACGAGUAUGAAAAUGAAGAAAAGGAAAAGAAGGACAAGACUCCGCGAAAGAUGUUGUCACGUGACUCCAGUCAGGAAUACACUGACUCCACGGGCAUCGAUGUUCAUGAGUUUCUGGUCAACACACUGAAAAACAAUCCCAGGGAUCGAAUGAUGCUGCUCAAACUAGAACAAGAUAUCCUGGAGUUCAUUAAUGACGACAAUAACCAGUAUAAGAAGUUUCCUCAGAUGACUUCUUAUCACCGUAUGCUGCUGCACCGUGUGGCUGCCUACUUUGGCAUGGACCACAAUGUGGAUCAGACAGGCAAGGCAGUCAUCAUCAACAAGACGGGCAACACACGCAUCCCAGAACAACGGUUCUCUGAACACAUAAAGGACGAACGUAACAUGGACUUCCAGAAGAAAUUCAUCCUUAAGAGAGACGAUGCCAGCAUGGACAAGGAUGAUAAUCAGAUCCGUGUGCCACUGCAGGACGGGCGACGUAGCAAGUCCAUUGAAGAACGGGAGGAAGAGUAUCAGCGGGUACGAGACCGGAUCUUUGCCCGAGAAGUGUCCUUUUUUUUACAGUCCUCUCAAAAUGGAUACAUCAACGAUAACAGACUUUCCACUGAGGGCUACUGCUCUAGCUCUCAAAAGAGGAGGCAGAUCUUUAGAGGGAACCGUGAGAGCUCCAGCCGGGCGUCUAGCAGUCGUCAAAGCAGCACAGAUAGUGACAUGAAGUGCCUGGAGCCACGACCCUGGAGCAGCACCGACUCAGACAGCUCCAACCGCACCCUCCGGCCACCCGUCACUAAGGCUAGCAGCUUCUCUGGCAUUUCCAUCCUUACCAGAGGGGAUAGCCUUGGCAGCAACAAAGGCUCACAGGGAAGCUGCAAAGGCUCUCGCUCUGGCCUGCCCCUUGUCAGUCCUGAUGUGUGUCCCCCACCUGCAGCCUCCCAGUCUAGCCGUAGCCUACUUCCCUGCCCGUCACAACAGCCACAACCGCAGCCUCAGGCUCCGCCUCAGACUGCCCUGCUGCCCACCCCACAGCAACACCCUAUGGGCAACCACAUGAUUGCUCAGCCGGUGGCGUCUCUGCAGCCCUCUCAGCCUGUCUCCUACUCCAGCCCUUCCUGCCCCCAGGUUCUCCUGCCAGUUUCUCCUCCCCAGCAGUACACAAUGGGAGAAGAGCUGGCACCCCAGUUCACCCAGAUGACGCUGAGUCGGCAGGGCUCCAGCGAGAACCCUGAGCCUCCCCCCAUGUAUCAGCCUCCUCCCACGGUGCUGUCCCAGCAUCCCCCUCCUCAGACCAGCUACAUCAUGGCUACCACUGGUCAGCCUAUGCCGCCUCCGUCUGGCUACCAGUCUGCUACUGGACACCCCCAUCCUCCACCUCCACCACCUCCGCCAUCCCAGCCCGUAAUGCAGGCCCCACCUCCCCCACAAGGUUACAUGCAGGCUCCUCCACCUCAACAGAUACAGGUGUCUUACUACCCUCCUGGUCAGUACCCCAGCUCAGGCCAGCAGUACCGUGUGCCCCAGCCCAUGUCCCACCAGGUGUCUUAUCCUGCCCAGCGCACACAACCCAUGCCUCAGCCCACACAGCAGUCAGGUCUCCAGACCAUGAUGCCCAGCCAGCAGCCGAGUUACCAGAGUAUGAUGGGUGUGCAGCAGCCCCAAAACCCUGGUUUGCUCAAUUCCCAGAGGGCAGGCAUGGGAGGACAAAUGCAAAGCAUAAUGGUUCAGUACCCACAGAUGCCAUCAUAUCAGGUACCAGUGGGGAAUGAAAAUCAGCAGGUGGUGCAGCAGCAGUACCAGCAGCAGGUGAUGGUACCCGUCAGCCAGUCUGUCCAGGGACCCAUGCCUGUAUACUACAGUGUUAUCACACCCACACAGCAGAAUAGCACAAGCCCAUCAGUAGGUUACCUGCAGGCCCCCAGCUCCGAGCAGUAUCAGAUCACACAGUCGCCGUCCCCUUGCAACCCUCAACAGUUACAGCAGCAAUAUUCAG